AUGCUCACGGUACGUUGUCUAUAUAUAACAGAAUUUGAUAAUAGAAAAACAAUUGUCGUUAUCUUUUUAUCAGUUGGCGCAUCCGUACCCAAACAUUUGAAUCGUUUAGUUACUCAAUAUGUUGCAUCAAUGAACCUUCGUGAUAUUGAAAUUAUUCAAGGAUUAGCAUUGGAUGAUUCUUACAAUAGUUCACAACAUUUUUUUAUCAAUAGUUUAUUUACUUCUGCAUGUGACAGAAAAUUAAUCAUGAAUGGUCUUGGGUCAUAUAUACCGAUAUUUCUUAGUGAAAUACCAAAAUUAUUUGAUGAAAAAAUUCUAAAACCAGAUGUUGCAUUACUUCAAGUAUCACCACCCGAUCAGCAUGGCAAUUGUUCAUAUGGUUUAAAUAAUGACGGAACACAAUCGGUUAUUAGAAAUACUAAAAAAAUUUAUGCACAAAUAAAUCGUUCAAUGCCACGUGUACACGGUAAUGGUUUUAUACCAUUAAAUAAAAUCGAUUUUUAUAUUGAACACGAUGAACCAUUACCUGAAGUUGAUUUUACCGAAAAACUAACAACAGUUGAGAAAAAAAUUGGUCAAUAUGUGAGUGAAUUGAUUGAUGAUGGUUCAACUCUACAAAUUGGAGUUGGAGCAAUACCAAACUCAGUAUUAAUGUAUUUAAUAGAUCAUAAAAAUUUAGGUAUACAUACAGAAAUGUUGACUGAUGGUGUCGUUAAUUUAAUAGAAAAAAAUGUUGUAACAAAUCGAAUGAAAAAGAUUCAUAAUGGUAAAUCAGUAUGUACAUUUAUAGCUGGUACAAAAAAAUUAUAUGAUUUUGUUCAUGAUAAUCCACAAAUAUUUUCAUUAGAAGUUGAUUUUGUGAAUGAUUCAUAUAUAAUAGCACAAAAUCCUAAAGUAUGUGCAAUAAAUAGUGCGAUUGAAAUUGAUUUAACGGGUCAAGCGUGUGCCGACUCUAUUGGUUUACUACAUUAUUCUGGUAUUGGUGGUCAGUUAGAUUUCUUUCGUGGUGCAGCUUUAAGUAAACAUGGUAAACCAAUUUUAACAUUACCAUCACAAACAAAAAGUGGAAUAUCGAGAAUUGUGAAUACAUUAAAAGAAGGUGCAACAGUGACAUCAACUCGAGGUCAUGUACAUUAUGUUGUAACGGAAUAUGGUGUAGCUUAUCUAUUUGGUAAAAACUAUCAACAACGAGCAAAAGAAUUAAUUCGUAUUGCACAUCCAAAUCAUCGUGAAAAUUUAGAACGACAAGCAUUUGACCGAUUUAAACAUUUGUAUUAA